GACUUGGUAGGUAGCACAUAACACUCUUUCUUUAUAAAAAAAUGUUGAACUUUGAAACAAAGAAAAUAAAAUAACACUUUUGCAAUACAAGAACAAAAAUAGUAGGUUUGAAUAACAUAACACUUUUGAUUAUAUAGCUAAAGAGAAAAAGAGAUGAUAUUGAAUACUUUUUAGCUUCAACACAUGAAGAAACCACCAAGCCCCAACCUUCAUCAAUCUAACCAAAAAAAUAAAAACAUUGGUCAAAAAAGUGGUACUACUACUAAAAGCAAUGGAAAUUACACAAAUAAACACAAUCCUAAGAAUGAUCAUAGUACUAUGACAUAUGUCAAAUCUGUUGUCAAAAGCCUUUUUACAUUGAUUCUAUCCGGGAAAACAAAAACAACCUCAGCAACUGUUGAAAAUGAUUCAACAAGGAAUAAUAAAGUCAGAGGAGUAUCAUCUUCAACAGAUGUAUCAUCUGAUGGUUCUAAGGGUUCAUCAAAAUGGAAAUCUUCUCAAACUUCAGCAUCAUCCAGUGCUUCAAAUAGUCAAGUUGGAUUGGGAAAUUUCACAUUUGAGGAACUUUACAAAGCAACAGGAAAAUUCUCCCAAGAUAAUGUUAUUGGGGAAGGGGCUUUUGGAAUUGUAUAUAAGGGAAAGCUUCAUGAUGGAACCCUUGUUGCUGUAAAGUGUGCUAGGAAGGAUGUACAAAAGAAGCACUUGGCUGAGUUCAAGAAUGAAAUAAACACAUUGUCCAAAAUUGAGCAUCUAAAUCUUGUGAGGUGGUAUGGAUAUUUGGAGCAUGGAGAUGACAAGAUUAUUGUUAUUGAAUAUGUAAAUAAUGGAACUCUUAGGGAACAUCUAGAUGGUGUGAGGGGAAAUGUACUAGAAGUUGGUGAGCGUCUAGACAUAGCAAUUGAUAUAGCUCAUGCAAUUACAUACCUUCAUAUGUACACAGAUCAUCCAAUUAUACACAGAGACAUAAAAGCAUCAAAUAUCUUAAUAACAGACAGUCUAAGAGCCAAAGUGGCAGACUUUGGUUUUGCUAGGUUGGCUCCAGAUGACCCAAAUGCAACUCAUAUUUCAACUCAAGUUAAAGGAACAGCUGGUUACUUGGAUCCUGAUUACAUGAGAACACGCCAACUUACUGUAAAGAGCGAUGUUUAUUCAUUUGGCGUGUUACUUGUUGAAAUGAUGACAGGAAGACAUCCAGUUGAACCGCAUAAACUACUCGAUGAGAGAGUUACAAUUAAAUGGGCAAUGCAGUUAUUGAAACAAGGAGAAGCUGUGAUUGCAAUGGAUCCAAGGCUUAGGAGAAAUUCAACCUCAAACAAAGCUGUACAAAAGGUUCUCAAGCUUGCUUUCCAAUGCCUUGCGCCUGUUAGACGAUCGCGGCCAUCCAUGAAGAAUUGUCAAGAGGUUUUAUGGGAAAUCCGCAAAGAGUUUAGAGAAAAAGUCUUUUCUCGUCCUCCACCGAUUGGUCCUCACCAUUCGGCAGAUUUUCCUCAAAAAGAUUCUAGGAAGAAAAGACAUAAGACAUUUGGUACUGAAGAUGAUAAGAAAAUUAAAUUUGUAUCAGCAUAAUUAAAUUCAUUUCUGAAAUUUGUUCAUUGAUUUUUAAGUAUCAGAUAGUUUUUGGCUAGUGCAAUACAAUACCAACUCUUGUUUAUAUCAUGUUCAUUACUUUAA